UCCUACCCCUCCAAGCUGGCGGCCCACCGCCUCACGCACAGCGGCGUGCGCCCGCACCCAUGCCCGCACUGCCCGAAGGCCUUCGGCCACCGCUCCAAGCUGGCGGCCCACCUCUGGACGCAUGCGCCAGCCCGCCCCUACCCGUGCCCGGACUGCUCCAAGUCCUUCUGCUACCCCUCCAAGCUGGCGGCCCACCGCCACACGCACCACGCCACCGACGCCCGCCCCUAUCCUUGCCCACACUGCCCCAAGGCGUUUUCGUUCCCCUCCAAGCUGGCCGCCCAUCGCCUGUGUCACGACCCCCCCACCGCGCCGGGCAGCCAGGCCACUGCCCGCCACCGCUGCGCCAGCUGCAGCCAGGCCUUUGGACAGAGGCGCCUCCUGCUCCUUCACCAACGCAGCCACCACCAGGCGGAGGGCCAAGGGGAGCGGGAGUGA